CUGCUAGCAGCGAUGGCCGCCCGAGUCGCGCACUUGCUAAGGGAACUGCAGCGCGCAGCAUGCCAGUGCCCAGUGCAUUCUCAUACUUACUCCCAAGCUCCUGGACUCUCACCUUCUGGGAGAACAACUGAUUAUGCCUUUGAGAUGGCUGUCUCAAAUAUUAGAUAUGGAGCAGGAGUUACAAAGGAAGUGGGCAUGGACCUACAAAACAUGGGGGCUAAAAAUGUUUGCUUAAUGACAGACAAGAACCUCUCCCAGCUCCCUCCUGUCCAAGUGGUUAUGGAUUCCCUGGUGAAGAAUGGCAUCAGCUUCAAGGUUUAUGACAAUGUGAGGGUGGAGCCCACAGAUGCGAGCUUCAUAGACGCUAUUGAGUUUGCCAAAAAGGGAGAGUUUGAUGCCUAUGUUGCCGUGGGCGGCGGCUCCACCAUGGACACCUGUAAAGCUGCUAAUCUGUAUGCAUCCAGCCCCGGCUCUGACUUUCUGGAUUAUGUCAAUGCCCCCAUUGGGAAGGGAAAGCCCGUGUCCGUACCCCUGAAGCCUCUGAUUGCAGUCCCAACAACCUCAGGAACUGGGAGCGAGACCACUGGGGUUGCCAUCUUUGACUAUGAACACUUGAAAGUAAAAACUGGCAUUGCUUCAAGAGCCAUCAAACCCACACUGGGACUGGUUGAUCCUCUGCAUACCCGCCACAUGCCUGCCCAGGUGGUUGCCAACAGUGGCUUCGACGUGCUCUGCCAUGCCCUGGAGUCCUACACUGCCAUUCCCUACCAUAUGCGGAGCCCCUGCCCUUCCAAUCCCAUCAUGCGACCGGCAUACCAGGGCAGCAACCCCAUCAGCGACCUUUGGUCAGUCCACGCACUGCGGAUUGUUGCUAAGUACCUGAAGAGGGCUGUCAGAAAUCCCGAUGAUCUUGAAGCAAGGUCUAAUAUGCACUUGGCAAGCACUUUUGCUGGCAUUGGAUUUGGAAAUGCUGGUGUUCAUCUGUGCCAUGGGAUGUCUUACCCAAUUUCAGGCUUAGUGAAGACAUACAAAGCCAAGGAUUAUAAUGUGGAUCACCCACUGGUGCCUCAUGGCCUUUCUGUGGUACUCACCUCUCCUGCCGUGUUCACGUUCACAGCGCAGAUGUUUCCGGAGCGGCACCUGGAGACAGCGGAAAUACUUGGAGCAGACAUCCGCACUACCAGGACCCAGGAUGCUGGGCCAGUGCUGGCAGAUGCGCUCCGGAAAUUCUUAUUCGAUCUGAACGUUGAUGAUGGCCUAGCUGCCCUUGGUUACUCUAAGGCCGACAUCCCUGCGUUAGUGAAAGGCACGCUGCCCCAGGAACGAGUCACCAAGCUUGCACCCCGUCCCCAGUCGGAAGAAGACCUGUCUGCCCUGUUUGAAGCAUCCAUGAAGCUAUACUGAUCACCACUGCAACUGAUUUAAAUCCUUAAAUCCUUCUUGCCAUCGCAGUUCUCAAAUCACAAGUUGAUCCAGAUAAGAUGCUGGCUUUCCAUCUCCACACAUAACUUGCCUGCCACCUGUUUGAAUGCUAGAUAAUGAUGGCCACAGAUUCCAGCCAUUUCCAAAAACUCUAACUGGACAGAUGUCUGCUGUGUCAGAUUCCAGAGCCAGACUUCAGGGCAUAAUGUUCAUACCCCAAACCCCAAAGAAUAAUCUGUUCUCUUACUCCCUGCUCAAACAGGUGAAAUUCAAAAUGUCUCUGAAGUGUAAAAUUAUGUGUUCUGAGGUGGGCAUCGCCACUUGCAAUGCCAGCAUCCCAUUUUAGAGCACUGGUUCCAGUCCCAGCUUCUCUGUGCAUGGUCUGGAUUCCUGUAAAUGUCUCCUGUCAGGCAGGAAGUGAUGACACAAGUACUUGGGCCCCUGCCACCCAUGUGGGUGACCUGGAUGGAAUCUAGCCUUCUGCCUUCAGCCUGGCCCACCCCUGACUGUCGUGGGUGUUUAGGGGAUGAACAUGUUUGUGGAUAGACACUAUUGUGGUCUCUUUUUCAAGUAGAUGAAAAAAACAAACACUUUCUAAAGUUUUAAACAGCAUGCAUGACUACAAAGUCUGCAUGACUACAAAGGUAACUCCUAGAAAUAUCAUGCACAAAUAUAUCAAGAAAUAUGACAAGGGAAUUUGUGGCAAUGCAUUUUUAAUAAAGACAAGAUACAACUUAAAUGUUCAUUAAUAACAUGCAUAAAUAAAUCACUGUAUAUCAAACAGUAUAAUGCUAUAAUGUUAUUAAUAAGGAUAUAGUAAAUAUCUUAGAAAUAUGUCUGUUAAUUAUGGAAAGCUGGCAAAAAACAAGUUAUAGAACAAUCAUAUUAAUAUGGCCUUAUUUUACUUUUUCUAUUAUACAUCAACAUAUAUGUCUAUAUAAAUAUGGAAAACAUACAUGCCAGAAUAUGAAAGAUUUUGCCUGAAAAGAUUGUAUUUGGCAUGUGAUAAAAUUAAAAGAAAAUAUUCACUUUUUAUUUUGUACUUCUGUUUUUAUUUUGUAAGCAUCUAGUUGCUUGGAUCUGUUGCAAUAGGCAUAUGUUACUUUUCUAAUUCUACAGGAGAGGGAAAAGAAAGAAAAUUAUUUUAAUGCUUUAGCUCAGAUUCACCUUACUUAAAAAAAUAAUAGUAACUGACUUUUGAGAGAUAAAAAAUAAAUUUAAAAGGUGUAAAAUAUUAGAGAUUAGUCCUCUAGUAAAUAAAUUGUUCUUUUGAGAAAAUUG